AGCAACAUCGCUUCAACAUACAUUCCGCUGAAGAAAAGGGUGUUUUGAGUAGUGGAGUAGUUCUGGUUUAUCGUAGUGUUACUGCUUUAAAUGUACAUAUGUAUAUCAUUAGUAUAUAUCUGAAGCUGUGGUGGUAAUAGAGUCAUGGCGUUUCCGCAGCCGCGUCCUCUAGCUCCUCAGUUGCCGCAGCAUCUUCUGCGGACUGUGGACUGUCAGCAGGGCGCCGUGAGAGCCGUGCGCUUCAACGCUGAUGGGAAUUAUCUGUUGACCUGCGGCAGCGAUAAAUCUCUGAAGCUGUGGAGUGUGAGUCGAGGGACUCUGCUGAAGACUUACACCGGUCACGGAUAUGAAGUGCUGGACGUGGACUGUUCUUAUGACAACAGUCAGCUGUGCUCCUGCAGCUCGGAUAAAACCGUCAUUCUGUGGGAUGUGGCGUCUGGUCAGGUGACGCGCAAACUUCGCGGGCACGCAGGGAAAGUGAACUGUGUGCAGUUUAAUGAGGAGGCUACUGUGAUGCUGUCAGGCUCCAUUGAUGGGACAGUACGAUGUUGGGACACUAGAUCCAGACGGAUGGAGCCCAUCCAGAUCCUGGACGAGGCUCGGGAUGGCGUCAGCAGCCUAAAAGUGUCAGAGCAUGAGCUUUUGACUGGGUCUGUGGAUGGAAGAGUGAGGCGUUAUGACCUAAGAAUGGGGCAGCUUCAUGUCGAUUUCAUUGGAAGUCCCAUCACUUGUGUGUGUUUCAGUCGGGACGGUCAGUGCACACUUAGCUCCAGUUUGGACUCUACGGUGCGCCUGCUGGACAAAAGCUCAGGGGAGAUGCUGGGAGAGUACUCUGGUCAUGUCAAUAAAGGCUAUAAGCUUGACUGCUGUCUGUCUGAUAAAGACACACAUGUUCUGAGCUGUUCAGAAGAUGGCCAUGUUUACUACUGGGAUCUGGUGGAGGGCUCCCUGACUUUAAAGCUGCCUGUUGGGAAAGCUGUCGUCCAAUCGCUGUCCUUCCACCCAACGGAGCCCCGCCUUUUGACUUCUAUGGAGGGGCGUGUUCAGGUAUGGGGGGCGGAGCCAGAGGAUGCAGCUGUGGAAGAUGCCAAAGCUGAGUAGUGCGUGUUGAACACCGAACACAUGAGCAGGACUCAUUCAAGAUGAACAGUGUAAAUCACUAUUUUGUAUCAGUUUAACUGUGUUAUACAUGUUUUGUAUGUUAAUAUAAAAAGCAAAUAAAAUAUUUAAAAAAUAUAUAA